AAAAUAUGGAUGGCACCCGAAUUGAUGAAUUCACCUCAGCAAGGGCCAUCAAAAUCUGCCGACAUCUAUUCGUUUGCGAUAGUUGCAUCAGAAGUAAUCAGGAAAACUCCUGCAUGGAGCAUUUAUGGCGAAAACGAGGAUAUUGAAGAUAUCAUCGCCGCUAUUAAAAGAGGAGGGUCAAAUCCGUUGCGACCAUCGCUGCUGACUGAGACAGUGAGCACACCUGCUGAACUGGUGAACUAUUCCAAGAGCUCUUCACUUUCAAAUUUGGCAUCGUUCCUGCUUAUCAAAAUAAUCGAUUAG